GGGGUGCACUAGCUACAGGAGCGGCUCUCUCUUAUAACCCUCUUUUCUUUUAUACACACCGACGCCGCACUCUCUUCUUUUUUGCAAAGCCAGAGAAAGACAACAAACUAUUUAACAACUCGUACGGGACAGGUUACCAGGGAAAGUGCGCUGAGGACCUUUUGAAAAGCAGAGUUCAGUUGUGAGAAGUGUCCGUGUUUUGCGUCUUGUCUUCCGGGCACCGUGGAUAUGACACUAGGACAUGGGAGCCCUCAGCAGCCUUUGCACGCUUUAUUGAUGGGACAACAUUCAAGCCAGCAAUGGAAAACACACCAAAUUGUGGAUUUGUGACAUUUUUUGGUUGAUAUUUUCUAAUUAUUAUUUUUUAAUUGAGAGAACUGAAGGAGGGACGCUGCUAUUAUUUGCCUUUUUAAAUAUACAUUUUAAACACAUCUUUUUGUUGGACUUAUCAACCGUGUACGGUAUAGGACAUCUUUUUGACGAGCGCCAUUCUUAUUUUUUGACCUGCUGUGGCGUCCCGUCCCAUUGAGGACGCCAAUCACUCAGAUUUCCCCCCUCAUAAUUAAAAACAAAUCUUCAAUUUUUCAUACAUUUUGCUGGACAUACUAGCAAGUGACCUAGCCAUAUAAAACAGACUUUUUUAAUUAAAGGGAACUACUUUCCAUUCACUGGAGGUCUAUCAGUAUAGGGGUUGGCCCAAGACUGCUCAUUUUUUUUUAUAUACCAGGGGCCCUCCAGCCCCACAUCUCCCCCAUGGAGAUUCACUGUAAGCACGACCCGUUUGCGGCUAUGCACAGACAUGGCGGCGUGAACCAGCUUGGGGGUGUGUUUGUGAAUGGCCGGCCUCUCCCAGAUGUUGUGCGACAACGAAUAGUGGAACUUGCCCACCAAGGGGUGCGUCCCUGCGACAUCUCCCGCCAGCUACGCGUCAGUCAUGGAUGCGUCAGCAAGAUACUGGGCAGGUAUUAUGAAACGGGCAGUAUCCGCCCCGGCGUCAUCGGGGGAUCCAAACCAAAGGUUGCUACACCCAAAGUGGUCGACAAGAUUGCCGAUUACAAACGCCAAAAUCCCACCAUGUUUGCCUGGGAGAUCCGGGACAGGCUCCUGGCCGAGAGAGUAUGCGACAAUGACAGCGUGCCCAGUGUCAGCUCCAUCAACAGGAUCAUUCGGACCAAGGUCCAGCAGCCGCCGGGCCAAACGGGCUCAGUGACGGCUCACAAUUUAGCAACAUCGGUGGCCGCCACACAGGUCUCUGCUGUGACCAGCGACUCUGCCGGCUCUUCGUACUCCAUCAGCGGCAUUCUGGGUAUCAGCUCGGCUGCUGAUGUUGGCAAGAGGAAGAGGGAUGAAGGUCUGCAGGAGUCACCGCUGGCCAACGGGCACAGCCACAGUGGGCGGGACUUCCUCAGGAAGCAGAUGAGAGGAGAGCUGUUCUCACCGCAGCAGAUCGAGGUAUUGGACCGCCUGUUUGACAGACAGCCAUCCUGUCCAAUCCAAUCCAGCUCUGACCUCUAUGUGAGCCCAGACCCUGGCAAGACGUCAGAUUACUCCUCCAUGGCGUCGCUCGCCGGUGGACUGGACGAGAUGAAGAAUAGUUUGACCAAUCCUGGCACAGGGGCGGAGUUAGGAGCCAAUGUGGCUGGCCCACAGUCCUAUUCAAUAGUUCCAGGUCGAGACCUCGCCAGCACCACCCUGCCAGGCUACCCUCCUCAUGUUCCUCCCACAGGACAGGGCAGCUACUCCACCCCCUCCCUCACUGGCAUGGUACCAGGAGGAGAUUUCUCUGGAAGCCCCUAUUCCCAUCCUCAGUAUUCCACAUACAACGAAUCCUGGAGAUUUCCUAACCCGAGUUUAUUAGUGUUUCAGCAAGAUUAUGGUUCUCUCCUGGGGACGGAAAUCGGUUGCUCCUCAACUCUCUUCACCAGCCAGGCAGGACAGAUGCAAGGGUCACCAUACUACUACAGCGCAACAUCCCGGGGGGCGGGACCAGCCACCACGGCAACAGCCUCUGCGUAUGACCGCCACUGACCCCGCCCACUCAGAGGAAGAGGAGGAGGAGGAGGAGGAGGGAGGGGAAAAGGAGAGCACCAGCACCGCUCAGUACAAACCUGCCCUGUGCGCGGAUGACACAUAUUUUGACUUGGGUGAAUAUUUUUGGACAGCCACGGAAGCCCGACCUUCACACUGCUCGCCUGUAAAGCGUUACAUGAUGCAGUGCUGCAGGUAGGCUCCACUGAAGCAUUUCACGAGUACAUUUUGAAACAUUUGAGGACUCUGCGACCACAUUGUCUUGUUUGCGAUGUUUGUUUUUGGUCACGUACAAAUCCGAGAAACAUACGUGUAUAGCCGCCAUUAAAAGUGUUGUGAUCUUC